UGCAUAAAAAAAGCAACAUGCUUAAAAAUGGGGAUUUCUGUUUUUGCAAACAUACAAUUGGUUUGGUUUUGGUCAAAACAUAUUUUGUGCAAAGUAUGGUCUUAUAAAGUAGUUUCACAGCCACAAGCCUCCAAAGAGCAUAGAAGGCUUCUACACUGAUUAAGACCAAGUAGCCCACGGGUAUUAUGAUAUUUUAAGAGGACUUUUAUUUUGGUAUAAAUGCAGCCAAUGUUUGGCCGGAAGUUGAACUGAUGAAUGAAUGAAAUGAAACGACGUUGAAGCCAGAGCCAGUUGCAUAGACCGCCUCAGAGCCACGGGUCAAGCGCUUGUGAAAUUCGCAUCAGAAGCUGGAGUAAAGUUCUAGUUGACCUCCACUAUGGCUACUGACCUUCUGUCAGUGGAUUAUGAAGUCUUCGGUAAAGUUCAAGGGGUAUUUUUUCGAAAGCACACUCAGAAAGAGGGACAGCAGUUGGGCCUAGUUGGCUGGGCAAACACGGAGGCUGGCACUGUACAGGGCCAGCUUCAAGGACCAACGGACAAAGUGAAGCAGAUGCAGGAAUGGCUGAAGACGACAGGAAGCCCUCGAUCACGAAUUGACAAAGCUGAGUUCAAGAACGAGAAGAAGAUUGAAACUUUAGAUCACGAAGACUUUAAAGUUGUUAAAUGAAUAGCCUUCAUUUUACUAUCAUUAUUUAUAUUUGACAUGAAUUGGUAUCUAAAUUAAUUGUGUAAAUGUUUUGUGUUGACAAUAAACCUCUCUCUAGAGACAACCCUGGAGAGGAUGUAUCUGC